AUGGAGAGUGUCGAAGAAGAUGAGGACGAAGAAGAGGAGGAAUUUGACCCGAAUACUGUUCCAUUUGAGGAGCUCACCGAUGAGCAAAAGGCAAAGAUUAGCCCCGAUGUGUUGAAACGACUCGAAAAGCAGUGGCAGCAGUCGCUCAUCGACGCCCUACCCGUCUACUAUGCUGGGAUUUUGGGAUGCCGAAGCGUUAACGAGUUCGACUGCAUGAACAAAGUUGAGGAGGGCACUUUUGGGGUUGUGUAUCGAGCGAAAUGCAAACGGACAGAAGAAGUGGUUGCUUUGAAGCGAUUGAAGAUGGAAAAAGAAAAGGACGGUUUCCCGAUCACGUCAACAAGAGAGAUCAACAUGUUGCUGAAAGCGGGCACCCACGAGAAUAUCGUCAAUGUUCGGGAGAUUGUUGUUGGGCACAACAUUGACAAAAUCUUCUUGGUUAUGGAGUUCGUCGAGCACGAUUUGAAGAGUCUCAUGGACACGAUGAAAAAGAGGAAUAAAUCGUUUGAAGUUGGUCACGUGAAAACAUUGUUGCAACAGCUUCUCUCCGGCCUCAAUCACAUGCACACGCUAUGGAUUCUACACAGAGAUUUGAAGACAUCGAAUCUUUUGCUGACACAUAACGGAGUGUUAAAGAUUGCUGACUUUGGACUUGCUCGCGAGUACGGGGAUCCCCUCGAGAAGUACACAGAAGUGGUGGUGACUCUUUGGUAUCGAGCGCCCGAAUUGCUAUUGGGAACCAAGCUUUAUUCAACGCCGAUCGACGUGUGGUCUGUUGGAUGUAUCAUGGCCGAAUUCAUCCGUCUCAAGCCGCUGUGGCCGGGCAGUGGGGAAUUGGAUCAAAUUCGGAAGAUUUUUAUGGACUUGGGCACACCAAUCAUCGACAAAUGGCCAGAAGUGGUCGAGUUGCCGUUGUGGAAACAGUUGAACAUUGAGCAUUUCCAAUUCAAUCAACUGAGAAAGAAAUUUGAUUCGGAGAUGUUGGACGAAACAGCAUGGAAGUUGCUCAACUCGAUGCUUACGUACAAUCCGGAGAAGAGAAUGACUUGUGAAGAGGCAUUGAAAUGUUCAUGGUUUAAGGAAAAACCUCUGCCCAUCCCAUCGGCAGAAUUUCCGACUUUCCCGGCGAAGAGUGAAGGCGGAAAAGCACCACCAAGAAGAGAGCCCGAAGCACCGCGACAAGGGACAGCAAUGGCUGAAUUGGAUGAACAAACGCGGAGCCUCUACGCAAGUCUCAAGAUCCCAGAAAAGUACGCGGCCCAAACGAGCGGCGGUUUCGCGCUGAAAUUCGACAAGGACCGAUUC